CCUACUACAAAGUGGAGAUGGGUAUAAAUAUAGCAUAUAUGUGGGAAUGAACGCAAUAAUUUUUUCGCUCUGUCGCGCACUAAAAAGUUUUUAAUAAGUUUAAUGAAAACAUCACCAGCUUUUUGUAAAUUUCGAGUUAAAAUCUCAAUUUUCAGUCAUUUCCUAUUUAUAGAAAACGAAUGAUGAAAAGCAUACAUAGUGAAUUAUUAUAUUCGCUGUUGAUAAUGCAAUCGCUACUACAUUUUUGCGGGUGCAAGGUAAAUCUAAGUAAUAUUUUUAAAGAAAAAUUAAAAAAAGAAGUUCCAAUUAAAAUAUAUUCUUUUAGCGAACCUAUGGCAUGAAAAUGUUCUAUAUGAAUUACACUUCGGGUCAUACACAUAACUUCACUGCGUUCAAUUAUAAUUACUACAAUGUGGACAACAAAGCAACAGUGUAUGUUGAGGUUAUAUUAAGGGAUGCAUUUCCAUAUUUUACAGCUCGUAUAAAAUUGGAUAUGCUGCGUGCGGAUAAUACCAAAAUUAAUCUAUUAAAUACGACGCAAAGUGGCUGCCAAAUGAUGGAAGCCGCCUACAGCAAAAAUAGAUUAUUGCAAAUUUUAUCAAAAGAGAUUAGGCGCGUGAGCACUUUUCCCAAGAAGUGUCCACUGCACGCGAACACAUCGUACUAUGUGAAGAACUACACCAUAGAUCCAGAUUUGUUUCCAUCGUUUUUACCGCCCCUACACUGGGUUAUACGCACGCAGUUCUUCAAAGGAAAUAUCUACUAUGGUUAUAUGAUACUGUACGGUAGCAUUUACAAAUUGUAA